GGCUUAUUCCUUGUGAAAUACUUGUUGCUCGGGCUAGAAGGUUGAUUAGUUUUUUUAUGAGUCCAAAACAAAGUGAAAGGUUAGAACAGGUUCAAUUAAAAAUAAAUAUAUCCGAAGAUCAGGUUUUACGUAAGACAGAUCACUAUUUACGGCUUAUUGCUGAUACGAAAACUCGAUGGAACUCAUCAUAUCUUGCAUGGAAGAGAUUAAUAAAGUUACGACCUGCAAUAAAUGUAAUGAUUAGCAUACUUGAAACGGAAACUGAUCGUGUAUCAAAACGGGAAGUAAAGCAACUUAAAAAGAUUAAUUUGACUAAUACCGAAUGGGAUACUAUUAAAGAACUUCUUCCUAUAUUAAAGCCAUUUGCUGAAGCAACAGAAUUUUUAGGAGGAAGUAGUUAUUCAACAAUUAGCUUUAUGUUUUAUGUAAUUUCGAUUUUAGCCUCUGACCUUGCAUUAAAUGAUAACAAUGAUACUUAUGUAAUGAUCGACUUUGAAUCAAGUGCAACUGCAUUCGAUGAUGAUAUUAUUUAUGAAGAUGCAGAUGAGGAGGUAGAUGAAAUAACUAGUGGAACUCGACGAAUUCGAAUUAAUACACCCCAAAAUUGUAAUGGGCUUAUCAAACAGAUCAAAGUUGCUUUAAAUAAAAGCUUGCAUCAUUAUUAUUCUGUUCCUUCCGAAGUUGGUACAUUAGCAGCAUUAUUAGACCCCCAGUUUGCAAGCCUACAAUCUAAUCAUGAAGAAUUUCAGCAAUCAACUAAAAGUGAUAACUCACUUAUUGCACGAAUAUUUCAGCUACACCAUCCUCAAAUAGAUGAAGUAACUGAUUACCUUGCUCAACCACAAAUUUCUCCAACACAUAAUCCUUUUAGUUGGUGGAUAAAUAAUCAAGAAAGAUUUCCCACCAUCAUCAAGCUUGCUCAAAAAUACCUUUCUAUCCCUGCAACUUCAACACCUAGUGAGCGUCUCUUUUCAGAUGCUGGAAAUAUUAUGUCUUCAAAACGCACCAAUCUUAAACCACAA